CCUGGCCGACUUCAAACUGCAGAUCAGAACGACACAGAUCGAGAGAGUGACAGCAAGGACGUUAUCAGUCUAUUUCUUUAAUGUUUACUUCUUAUAUUUGCAGAAGACUUAUUGCACUUAUUGCAGAAUAGAAUAGAAGUAAAUUAGGUAUACUGUCCUCAGUAGCUAUUUGUCAAUCUCUUGUAAGAUUAUAACAUUUUCGCAGAUGCUUCUUUUGAGGAGACUUAUUACCUUUAGGUAAACAAGUUAUCUCCCUCAACUUUGAGAAUGCCAGGAUUAUAACAGAGAACCAACGCCAGUGAAAUAGGGUAUUUGUGCAGAGAGUAUUGUGAGGCAUAGGCUAUCUGUUGCCUCUCUCUUCAUCCUAAUUUCCACUGACGGCUACAUGAUUCUGGUGAUACCUUUAUGACUCUCCUGGGACUCAACAUGACCACGGCAAUGGACACGAAUAACAAUACAGGGGGCGUGAUUUCCUACAUCGGCUCCUCCUGCAACGGCUCGCCCAGCCGCACCAGCCCCGUGUCCAUGUACAGCGACAACUCCAACAGCAGCCUGCAGUCGCUGUCGCAGCCCUGUUUCGGCUCCGCCUUCCCGCCCUCCCCCAACGGCUCCCACGACUCCUCGCGCAUGUACACCAGCUCCAGUGGUAGCUCCAGCUCCAGCUCCAGCUCCGGCAGCUCCAGCUCAGGGUCAGGGGAGGAGGGGGGCCGCUCCCCCAGCUCAGGGGUCUCCCCGAGGGGGCGCACUGAUGACACCCUCAGCAUCAGCUUCACCGCCCGCGCCUCCCCCAGCAAGUCUGUGGCCAGCCUCACCAAGCUGAACGGGAUGGUUCUCCUGUGUAAAGUGUGUGCGGACGUCGCGUCGGGAUUCCACUAUGGCGUCCAUGCGUGUGAAGGCUGCAAGGGUUUCUUCCGCCGCAGCAUCCAGCAGAAUAUCCAGUACAAGAAGUGCCUCAAGAACGAGACCUGCACCAUCAUGCGCAUCAACCGCAACCGCUGCCAGCACUGCCGCUUCAAGAAGUGCAUCUCCGUGGGCAUGUCCAGAGAUGCCGUGCGUUUCGGCCGCAUCCCCAAGCGCGAGAAGCAGCGCAUGCUGGCGGAGAUGCAGAGUGCCAUGAACAACAUGGUCAACAACCAGCUGCAGAGCGAGUUCCAGCUGGCCAGCAUCACCUCCUCCUCCCCUCCUCCAUCCUCCGCCACUCCUCCAGCCUCCUCCUCCUCCCCCGUGCUGGGCCUCACCGUGGCCGCAGCGAAGCCGCCUCCUCCUGCCAUUCCUCAGGGCCCCGCCCACUCUCACUCGCCGCCCGCUCCGACCCUGCCCUCCCCGUCGUCGGCCCAGCCCCCACCUCAGAGCCCGCCGAUGACCCUGGACGUCCUGCCUCACCCUCAGCCGCCCAAGUGCCCCAGCAGCCCGGGGGUGGACGGCACCAUCAUGGCCAUCACGCGUGCCCACCGCGAGACCUUCGUGUAUGCCCAACACAAGCUGGGCUCCCAGCAGCAGCAGCAGCAGCAGCAGCAGCAGCAGGCGCCUGAGGUGGACUGGGGCAACAACGGCUGCCCGGCCGGGUACCACUUCAAUGAGCGCAACUCCAUCUAUCACCAUGACAACAAUAACAGCACGCACAGCAGCAGCAGCAGCAGCAGCAGCAGCCGGCCGACCAAUGGCUACAAGGUGUCGCCUGACAAGAGCCAGUACCAUAGCCAGACCUCUUCCUCCUCGUCGCCGGUAGAAACAAUGGACCAGCAGCAACAGCAGCAUCAGCAUCAGCAUCAGCACCACCACACGGGGCUCCACCAGGACAACAACGGGCGGAACGGCCUCAACGGCAACAGCAACCUCAUGGCAGCUCAUCCUCAUCACGGAGCACAGCUCAACGGCGCCCCCCAGGGACAGAACUGCCCAUGGAAGAACCGCAAGAGCAUCCUGCUGGCGUGUCCGAUGAACAUGCGUCCCCAGGCGGAGCCUAACAAGUCAGCUCAGGAGAUCUGGGAGGACUUCUCCCUCAGCUUCACGCCGGCCGUGCACGAGGUAGUGGAGUUCGCCAAGCACAUCCCCGGCUUUGGCACGCUCUCCCAGCACGACCAGGUCACCCUGCUCAAGGCAGGCACCUUCGAGGUGCUGAUGGUGCGCUUUGCCUCGCUCUUCAACUUCAAGGAGCAGACGGUGACGUUCGUCUCUGGCGCCACCUACGGGCUGGAGGAGCUGCGCUCCAUGGGCAUGGGAGACCUGCUGGGCGCCAUGUUCGACUUCAGCGAGAAGCUCUGCGCCCUGGAGCUGUCGCCGGAGGAGCUGGGACUCUUCACCGCGGUGGUGCUCGUCUCCGCCGACCGCUCGGGCAUCGAGAACGUGAACGCGGUGGAGCUCCUGCAGGAGAGCCUGAUCAGGGCGCUGCGUACUCUGGUGAGCAGUCCCGCCGACACCUCGCGCUUCACCAAGCUGCUGCUCAAGCUGCCCGACCUGCGCACCCUCAACAACAUGCACUCCGAGAGGCUGCUCUCCUUCCGCAUCGACGCCUAAAGCCAGAGGGGUGCCUCAAGACGACCUCAAAACCGCCACCACUGGGGAUCUCUGACCCGACACACGCGCACACUCAACACCAUGAACUUCAGAGAAGUCUCCCCCUCCUUCAGAGUGUACCAGCUGAGGUGGCAAAGAUGUUGACUUUUCAUCCAGGGGGUGGGGGUCCCAUGAGUUGGCAUGUGGGCGGUGCAGUUGAAGCCUGAGGGGGCCAAGGGACCAAUGCCAAGUGUGACUGACAACCCCAAGAAUAAAACUCAAUUCAGUGUCUCAAACCCACGGGGAAUGAACUGGCCAGUUUUCCUUUGACUCAGUUAUCCAAAGUGACAGUCCCCGCCAGAGACUCCAACAAUGCACCUCUCACAUGAACUUCCGGAAUGCCUGCCUGCCUGCCAGUACCAUGGCAACAGAGGUUGAGUGGUCCAUUCCAAACCUGAGGCAGCUCUCAGAGCAGACAGACCUCGUCUGCCUGGUAUAUAUGGGACACACGCAUAUAUCGGGACCCUGUUCUCUCGCGGGGGCCAAGUUCAUCUGGGCAUCGUACACUUACAUGGACAGUAUAUACUGAUGGGCCAAGACAAUGUGAUGUGGGUGUCAUGUGUAUACUUGUGUAACUGAUGGUCCAAGGCGAUAUCACGUGGGCAUCAUGUAUUGCUCUAGUGAUGGGUCAAGGUGAUGAUGAUACCUCAUGCACCGUGAAGGCUACUGACACUGUUAUGGCUCCAGUCUUCUCCCAAUGUGUUGGGGGUGUACUGUAAAACUGAGAGCAUGUAACACACAAUCACACAACUCAUAACCUAUCAGAGACCAGCAGGAGCCCAAGAGGGUUCAACACGAAAACCAGCUCUGAAAUCUAUGCUUUACCACAGUUAUAUGUAAAUGUUCAUCACUUUUUAUUUUUUUAAUUGUCUGUUUUCAUGGAGGAAUGAUAUGCACAUUCGUUUUAAUGAAUGUGCGUGUAUAUACACGAUACACUACAAUUCUGACACUGUAAAAAAUGUACAAAGUUAAAGUG